AUGUCUACAAUAAUAUCAAUAAAUGAAAGUGAUUUUAUUAUUGCUAAUGAUGAAAUUAAAGGUCGACAAAUAAUUUCCAAACGAAUCUAUCAAUGUGGUGAAUUAAUUUUUCAAGAACAACCACUUGUUUUAGCUCAAUUUGAAUGGAAUAAAUUAUAUAAAUAUUCUACAUGUGAAUAUUGUUUAUAUCCAUUAGAAUCUUGUGAACAAAAUGUUCGUCGUCUUUGUCAAGAUUCAUCUAUUAUAAUUCCACAUUCAGAAUGUGAUCCUAAUCGAAAUAUUGAUCAACAAAUUGUUCGAUGUCCAAAAUGCAAUGAAAUGUAUUGUUCAACAAUAUGUUAUCAACAAGCAAUGAAUAAUUAUCAUUUAACAUUAUGCCAAUCAAAUGAAAAUUCUAAGAAAGAUCAAUUAAUUCGACAUAUUAUUGAUUUAUGGAGAAAUGUUCAUCCUCCACCUGAAACAACGUCAAUUUCACUUGUACUUAAAUUAAUGGCUAUGCUUAAACAAAGUAAUAAUCGUGUUUUACUUCUUCAAGAACUUCAAAAAUUUUCACAAAGUGUUCAAAGUGAUAAUCAACAAUUUUAUCAUAAAUUAUUACGAAAAGAAUUUGAAUCUCAAGUCGAACAAUUAAGAUAUGCUUUAGAACAAUUUAAUGAACAAUAUAUGGAAAUAGUUGAAUUUAAAUGGUUUCUUACAUUGAAUGGUUUUCGACAAUUAUUAGCUUUACUUGGUCGAAAUCAACAAGGCAUUGGAACAAGUUCACUUGCUAUUUGGGUUAAAAAUUGUGAAACUUUAUCUAUACCUCAAGAAGCAGCUGCAGUUGCAGCAGCAAGUAGUGAUAUAUCACAAUUUAUUGAUGCUAUUUAUACAAAAAUAGAUGAUGUUUCUGGUGAAUUUAUUGAUUGUGAAGGAAGUGGAUUAUUUAAAUUACAAAGUUGUUUAAAUCAUAGUUGUGAUGCUAAUGCUGAAAUACAAUAUCAACAUAAUAAUUCAACAUUAUCUGUCGUAGCAACUCGAUUGAUAUCGAAUAAUGAAGAAAUUACAAUAAAUUAUUUAUCCGAAUGUGAUCGAAAUCGUUCAAGACAUUCAAGACAAAAACUUCUUCAGGAAAAUUAUUUGUUUUUAUGUCAAUGCAAUCGAUGUAUAUCAGAAAGUUCUGAACCUGAUGAAACAAGUGAAGAAGAAAGUGAAAAUGAUAUGGAUGAGGAUUAA